UGCUUUUGUUUUAACCUCAUCUGUAAACGCGAAGGUAGCUUGUAGAAGUACUAAUGAACGUAAUAUGAGUAUUACCCUUUAAAUAACCUUUCUUCAUAUAUGUAAAUAUUAAGUAUUUUUAAACGUCUGACUUUGAACAUAAAUGUCAAUGAUGUUUUAAAUCCCAGUAGGAUUAAUGUAAAAGCAGUCUCUCUGAAUGUUAAAGCCUAAAUACUGCUUGAAGUUCUGGUGCUUGUGCUGGCUAUACUAUUUAAUUCAAAACUUAAUUACAGAGUCUAACGUUGUAACGUUUACCUGACGCAAAUGGUCUGUCGUGAGUUAACUACGCUUUUAAUAUUCUUGGGCUCAGAUUAAGUCUUAACCAUGACCCUUUUGUAGACAGGUGACACUGGCCCAUGACGUUUAAUCAUGAUAGCUUGCUUUCAUGUUAGUUUGUUUGCACGUGAAAACUUGUCUUUAGUAGGCCUAUAUGCAAUAGCCCUUCAGGAUAUUGGGCUCCUGCUUUUAGCGAUUAGUUUAAUCGCUAAAAGCAGGGCUCGGAAUAAGAAAAUGAACAUUAAGAAUAAUAUAUGUAUAGCAAGCGUGCAGAUGACAAUGCUUGUUUACUUCGUAAGAGAGGUAGGCUAUAUCAAUGAAGGGUGGAACAAAUACAUUAGAAUACUGCCUAAGAUAACAUAAAUUGGGGGCACUGCAGCUGAAACAAAGCAGGAGGAGAAAUAUUGCUGGAAAGUCUUUCUUAAAAAGUGGCCUCCAUAAUUAGAGUUGCUAUGGAAGAUGUUCAAGUCUCAGUCACCCAAAGCCAUCUCCACUCUCUCGUGGGAAGCUAUAGUCAUCUGGCCAGUAUUUCUGGUUAUGCGCUGUUGUGUAUGUUUAUUCCAGCAAAGCCUGCAGUGCUCACCAUCCAAGAUGGCUGCGGGUGAGAGCAGUAGCCGAUCCUCAUGUUUAAACCUGUCUAAUUCGGGGCCGCUAGGCAAUGCCCAGCCGAGCAACAGCGCGCAUUCAACACCCGCAGGCAACGGGGGGUCAGGGGGUACCGCCGGAGGGGUACACGGGACCGCAGGGAACGCCAAUCUUCAAGCGGGCCUCGACGGCGGCGGAGGCGCCGAUGCCGCAGUAAGGACUACCUCGAACCCUCCCCGGCAGUCAGUAGGUCAAAACGCCACGGCGCCACCGGCUACGACCACAACCGGAGACACCUCGGCCGCUGCGUCAGACAUGCCGGCGACAUCGGCGUCCAGCGCAUCUUCAGUGGAUGCGUCCGCGAUCUCGUCCUCUCUGCCCCUGCCCAGUAGUCCGGCUUCGGUGUUGGUUUAUCGGGAGCCAGUUUACAAUUGGCAGGCGACAAAAAGUACAGUCAAAGAAAGAUUCGCAUUUUUGUUCAACAACGAGGUGCUAAGUGACGUCCAUUUUUUGGUUGGUAAGGGAAUGGGAGCUCAGCGCAUUCCUGCGCACAGAUUUGCUCUCGCUGUUGGAAGCGCUGUUUUUGAUGCGAUGUUCAACGGUGGUAUGGCCACGACAUCAACAGAAAUCGAGCUGCCGGAUGUGGAACCGGCUGCUUUUCUAGCCCUCCUCAAGUUUUUAUACUCCGAUGAGGUACAGAUCGGACCCGAGACAGUAAUGACUACGUUAUACACUGCGAAAAAGUAUGCAGUGCCUGCGCUUGAGGCACACUGUGUCGAGUUCCUGAAGAAAAACCUACGCGCUGACAACGCUUUUAUGUUGCUUACUCAGGCACGGCUGUUCGACGAGCCACAGCUUGCCAGCCUUUGCCUGGAGAAUAUAGAUAAGAACACUGCGGAUGCAAUAGCCGCUGAAGGCUUCACCGACGUCGACCUCGACACGCUGGUGGCCGUGCUGGAGAGGGACACGUUGGGUGUGCGGGAGGUGCGUCUGUUCGGGGCAGCGGUGCGUUGGGCGGAGGCCGAGGCCCAGAGGCAGCAGCUGCAGCCCACCCCGGAGAACAAACGACGAGUGUUGGGAAAAGCCCUCGGCCUCAUCCGCUUCCCUCUGAUGACGAUAGAAGAGUUUGCAGCAGGGCCAGCUCAGUCGGGUAUCCUCACGGACCGCGAGGUGGUCAGCCUCUUCCUGCACUUCACGGUCAACCCCAAGCCGCGCGUGGACUUCAUCGACCGGCCGCGCUGCUGCCUGCGAGGGAAGGAGUGCAGCAUCACGCGCUUCGGCCAGGUGGAGAGCCGCUGGGGCUACAGCGGCACCAGCGACCGCAUCCGGUUUUCGGUGAAUCGCAGAAUAUUUGUGGUCGGAUUUGGGCUCUAUGGCUCCAUACAUGGUCCAACUGACUAUCAGGUCAACAUCCAGAUCAUCCACACGGACAGCAACACAGUCUUGGGGCAGAAUGACACAGGUUUCAGCUGUGAUGGCACAGCUAACACCUUCCGCGUGAUGUUCAAAGAACCCGUGGAGAUCCUCCCCAGCGUCAACUACAUCGCCUGUGCAACUCUCAAGGGUCCAGACUCUCACUACGGGACAAAGGGGAUGCGUAAAGUCAGUCACGAAGCCUCCGCCACUGGCAGCAAGACCUGCUUCACCUUCUGUUACGCCGCGGGCAACAACAACGGCACUUCGGUAGAGGAUGGACAAAUCCCCGAGGUUAUCUUCUACACGUAAUGACGGACUUGUGUCCUAUUGAAGCAUGUGGACACUACAUAUUAUCUCACUGAACUGCACUGGUCUAAUUACAGAUCAGCAACCAAAAAAAAAAUUAUUUUCCUUUUUUUUGCCAUAUGAUCAGAGCAUGAAAAAUGUUAUGGAGUUCCCAGUUAUACUCUGGGAACAAAUUUGUUUUUGUACUUGUGUAGCACUUUGUAGUUGAAGCCUGAAUUCAUGGCUGACUAGUGAUUAUUUGCAAAAAUAGCAAACUGUCAAGUCAUUAGUAGUUACGCUAUUGUUCAGGUCUAAUACUACCAUCACGUUAGUACUGGUCAGCUAUGUUUAUGGCAGCAGUUUAGUUUGACAAUUUGAUUUAAUGUUUAAUAAGUCUGAAGUGGGUCCACCUUUUGACUUUUUGGUGAGAUGCUCAUCGCUUCGAGUUGCACUGAUGCACUUUUGACCCAGAUGCAGGUGCAUAUAUUUUGUUUGGGGCAUACAAUCAUAUGGAACAUGGACUGUUAUGUUUUUGACAUGAAAUUUGUCAGAUUAGAAAAUGAGUGAAAAAGGUAAUGUUUACAUAGAUAAUUGUUCAGCUAGUUGCCCUCCACCAGAGAAACUUCAAGCAGCACUUGCACUGAAAAUGUGACAGAAUAAUUCUCAAGUAUUCAGUGUAAUGGAGUAGUGGACACCUUUCUACAGUUAAUUUUACUAUUUCUAUCUGGCUAAAAACCACAAGAAUAUUUGGAAGAUGGUCACAAGGAAUGUGGAACUACUUGCUAAUUUGUAGCCUACCUGUAGUUUCACUAACGCUCACUAUAAGUGCUGUAUAUAAAGGCAGUGCCCUGUAAGUCCAAUUAAAAUCUGUCCACUUAGUAUAUUGAGGUUAAUUUUUUAAUCAGUUGAUGGUCCCAGCAUGGAGGCAUGCAUCAACACAAUUGCUAGAGUAGCAGCAAGGUCAUAAACAACAUUUUGCCUUAUACAAGUCCACAUUUCUCAAACAUGCAACUGUACAAUUAAUAAAUUGUAGUUAGUGACCACUACAAAUUCAAUUGACCCAUUUCUACAAAUUUGUGUCCCAAUGUUUCAUUUAGCGGAUUUCUUGUCAAAGAACUCAAGUCCAUCGAUUAGAUUUGUGACAGCUGAAGAUUGAAAAUUUCACUCCUGCAUGAGCAGCUGAGAAACCAAAGUGAAUCCCAUUAACAAGUUAAAUCAGCUCCCUUCUCCCAUUUAUUUGCACAGGAACCCUCUGGGG